AUGUCGCCAGAUCUCCGCCGCUCUUGUCGAUCGCGAGCCCGGGACCAGUCCCCAGAAUCGGAUGCUAACAUCGACACUAGAUCUAAGCGACGAACCCGCUCCACAGCUGCGGGCUCAGUGACCGUUUCUCGAUCUUCUACAUCGACUUCUGAUCCCCCAGGUGAAUCGACAAAGUCUCUUCGCGUGACUGUAAAAAUGCCUACUGGGAAACUGCGGGAAGCCACUGGCGGCCGCUCUGGCCGGCGCUCUGUCAAUGUCUUCAGGGAAAACCCCAUUGUCUCCGGACCGCGUUCCAGUCGGACCAAGAAGAAGCUCGUGGAAGUCGCCACAUCGGACGAUGACGAGGACAUCGAUGACCAGGAAGAGGACGAAGUCGAAGACGAGGAUGCUCCCGGCGAAGAUGACGAAGAUGCCGACGCCGAUGGCGAUGUGGACAUGGAUGAUGCUCCAUCACAACCGCCGGCAAGACGAAGCACCAAGGCAGCCGCACCCACUCGGGGUAAAACCAAGAGCGUGGAAGCCAAAGAAAUGGAGCUCGAGGACGAAGACGAAGACGAGGAUGAGGAUGAUGAAGACGAUGUAACCGACUCCGAUGCGGAGGGCGAGCCGGAUGACCAGGACGAAAGCGCUGUCCCAGACGUCAAUGUUGAUGAUUUGGAUGAGGAAGAUGAAGAUGAUGACCUGGACGAAGACAUUGACAGCGAUGCGCUUGCUCUUAACAGCGGCAAGACGACCAAGCGUCAAAGGGGAAAUCUAGGUGAUGACUUCCUACAACUUCCAAUGGAACCGCAAGUCAAAAAGCAUCUGACGGCCGAAGAGCGUGCUAUGCGACGCGCUGAGAUGGCCCGCCGAAGGAAAAACCUCAGUGAGAAACGGAACGAAGAAGAGAAGGUAAAUGGAUACCAUCAACCGACUGCUCCGAAAACAGCCCCCAAGCGUCGCGGCCGUGGCGCUGUGGCUGAUGCGGAUACAACACCUGCUGAGCAAGAAGCCCAGGAGUCUGAGAAAGCUGAUCCCACCAUGGUCCGGUGGGUCAGCAACGCCGCUGGCUGCAAGCUCAGCGUGCCCGAUGAGUGGCUCGGUACUCCGGCCGGUCGUAUAUUCGGCGCCCCUCCUGCAGCAGCCACUGGAACCGGUCAGAUGGUAGAGGAGAUCUAA